AUGUUCAAUACCAUUGUAAAACUUGUAUCUGAUUCAUUAUUGAAUUGUACAGAUGGGCCAAAUGGUGUAGUAACUGCUCGAGUUUACUUAUCCAGAAUUGAAUCAACAUUUAUUGUGGCUCUACUAGGAUCAACUCUUAUCUCCUUGGCUACUGCAUGUCUCGGUAUUUUACAUAUUAUUUAUAUAUCAUUUUAUGUUACACAGCGAUAUCGACGAGCAUUUAUUGUUUAUUUGGCUGGUACUGCACCGUUCGUUUCAACUCUUUCAUUGGUAGCAAUGUAUAUGCCUCGGGUAUGGUUCCUUUCCCAUCUUCUUGGCUUUUUAUAUUUUUCGAUAGCAUUAUGGGUGAUUAUUUGUCUUUUGAUGAAUAUUUUCGAAGGACGUCAAAAAAAUGGUGAGAAAAAUGAAAAAUGGUUGUUCAAGGAUAAGCGUACAAACACCGCCACUCUGUUGUGUUUUCCCAUAGGUCGGAUACGAUUCUGCGAAAUGAUGGUCUUUCAGGCUCCAUGUAUUAGGCUUAUAUUUACAAUUUUAAGCUUAAUACUUUAUUUUGAAUAUCAAGAUGGUGCUAUUAUGGCGCUAAAAAUACUUGAUUUUAUAUCACUUCCAUCUUUAUUGAUCGGUAUAUACGGUACACAUAUACUUGUAACAACUGUUUCAAAUCUGGAUGAAUUGAUACCGUAUCGUUAUAUUGUUGUUUUCCGAUUACUCGAUUUCUAUUUCAUGUUUUAUGGUAUACAGCAGCCUAUUUUUGAUCUUCUGGCUCGAGCUGGUAUAUUUGGCUGUGGCACUGUGUUACCAUCUCUUGAAACAGCUUUUUUCUGGAAGAAUUUCGUACUUGUUAUUGAAUCAUUUUUCGUCUCACUUAUUUCCACCGUAUUAUUGAAACCAUCACGAAGUGCAUUCUUUGAUAAAUAUCCUUCUAGUCGAAGUGUCGCAUCGUCAGUGAUCACUUGUGAAUACAAUAUAUAG